AUGAAAAAACGUAAUAAACGAUUGUCGUCAAGAAAAAUUAAGAAAACCGACAGUGAAGAGCAUUCAAAACAGAACAAAGGAAAGAAGAAAGCUGAAGAAAUUAGUCGUAAAUCACCUGGCUCUACUCACAGUGUUAAUUCUGCCAUUUCUGGUGGUUGUGGACUACAUUUACCAGAAGAAAUUCUAUUAAAGAUAUUCAAAGAAAUUGUCAGGCAGCAAGGUGCUUUACCAUUCCUUGUUCGAGCUUCAAAAGUUUGCAGUUUAUGGAAAGAAGUGGCGUCAGAUCCAACCUUAUGGAGAAAAGUUGAUUUGUCAUUUGGUUGGAUCAGAUCUACAGACAACACUCUGAAGAAAUUAUGUGAACACAAAUUAAAACAGUGUAAAGAUGUGAAUUUAUCAUAUUGGAAUAAUUUAAACACAGCAAGUGUGAAGACAUUGACAGACUCCUGUCAUCAUCUCUCAGCUGUUAAUUUAUCAUAUUGUAAGAAAAUUAAUACAGAGUCCAUCAUAACCCUUGCUGAAAACUGUUACCAAUUAAACAGCUUGGAUUUAUCAUUCACACCAAAUGAUGCAGUAUCAUUACAAAGUCUUAAGGUACUACUACCUAAACAUGGACCUCACCUUAAACAAUUGAAUAUAGGUGGUAAUGGCUUUAAGGCUUUUACUGCAAUGUUCAAUCUGAUUUUAUGCAACUGUCUUAAUUUAGAGUUACUUGACAUAUCAAAUUGUGUAUUUUCUACAGAUAUUGUGCUAAUUAAUGUGAAAAAAUUCCAAGAUGCCUGUCCUAAUAUUCAGGUUUUGAGAUUUGCCAAUUCUAGGAUAGAUGGCAAUCCAUUAACUUCAGGGAAUAGACAAGCAAAUUUAGGCAGCUUUCCCAAAUUGGAACAGCUCAGUGUGGCAUAUAAUAGGCCUGAUACACAACCAAAAGCUUGCCUUAGUUUAGACUUUGUGACAAGAGUGAUCAAUAAAUGUGAAAAUGUAAAAUUAUUGGAUAUACGAGGAAAUGAUAACGUAGAUUGUUAUGAUUUGUGUGAUUUGAAUCUUUAUCGCCUUCAAGCGUUGCAUGCUAGUAAUACUGGGGUUAAAACAGAUGGAUCACAGCUUUAUCGCCUGACAGGGUUAUUUCAUAUGAUACGUCAUAGUCUAAUAGAGUUGGAUCUUUCAUGGAGUCCAUUACAAGAAGAUGAUAUUUUCCUUGCAUUAAAAGCAUUGACAGAGAAUAUCAAACAUUCUUGGUUAAAAACAGUGAAUCUUGCUGGGACUAAUAUAACACAACAAGGAGUGAAAGACUUGUUGAAUAAAUGUAAUGAAAUAACCAAUAUUAAUUUAACAUCAUGUCGUGGUAUGACAAGGGGAUUUAAACGUGAAUUUAAAAACCUGAAAGAUGUAGAGGCACUACGUUUGAGUUUAAAUUCUGCUGAAAUCUCCAGUGAAGAUGACUCUGAUUAA